ACAUUCGGUGGGGGAAUCGAAGCCCUCACAAUUGGUCCCACUUUCACACUCAAGAAAUCGAACCACCCAAUUCCUCUCUUGCUCCCUUUUCAAACUCCCCAAAUAUUUUAAAGGGUUCUUCUCACUCUUCUUCUCACUCCCCCGUAAUUUAUCCAUCAUCAAUUCGAUUAGUAGUAUAAUAAAUAAAAGGGAGGAGGAGAAGGGAAGCCAAGUCCUCACAGCUGGUGCCCUUCUUGUUUUCUUGGCAUGUUUGCUCUCUAAAGUUUGGAUCUUUUUUCAGUUCCCACUCUCUCUCUCAUUCUAAGUGAAAGAAGAGUCGAAUAAAGUGUGGAGGGGAAUCUAAGUGUAGAUAUAGAUUGCAGCAUAUUAGUGGGGAGGUGGGAUAAGAAACGCCAUUGGGCGAUUCUAAAGUUCUUUACAGUUUUUUGAAGAGUAUUUUUUGCAGCAGCAAUGUACAAUGGAUUGUUGCUUGUGGUGGCCUUAUUGUUCUUCAGCUGCUGGAUUUCUUGCGGGGAAGGCUCUGUUACAUACGAUUCCAAGGCUAUUUUAGUUAAUGGGCAGAGGAAGAUUCUUAUUUCUGGAUCCAUUCAUUACCCCAGGAGCACACCUGAGAUGUGGCCAGAUCUUAUCCAGAAGGCAAAAGAAGGGGGCCUAGAUGUCAUCCAGACCUAUGUUUUUUGGAAUGGACAUGAACCUGAGCCUGGGAAGUAUUAUUUUGAAGAUAGGUAUGAUUUGGUGAAGUUCAUUAAGCUGGUGCAGAAAGCUGGGCUUUAUGUGCAUCUAAGAAUUGGUCCUUAUGCUUGUGCUGAAUGGAAUUUUGGGGGUUUUCCGGUUUGGCUUAAGUAUGUACCCGGGAUUAGUUUCAGGACAAACAAUGGCCCUUUCAAGGCCGCCAUGCGAAAAUUCACGACCAAGAUUGUGAGGAUGAUGAAAAAUGAGAAGCUCUACGAAACUCAGGGCGGUCCGAUCAUAUUAUCUCAGGUUGAGAACGAGUAUGGUCCGAUGGAAUAUGAGAUUGGUGCGCCUGCCCGAGCUUACACCGAAUGGGCAGCAAAAAUGGCGGUGGGGCUUGACACUGGUGUCCCGUGGGUCAUGUGCAAGCAAGAUGAUGCUCCCGAUCCUGUUAUUAAUACCUGUAAUGGCUUUUACUGUGACUAUUUCUCUCCGAACAAGGCUUAUAAACCGAAAAUGUGGACUGAAGCAUGGACUGGCUGGUUUACUGAGUUUGGAGGUCCGGUACCGUAUCGACCAGCUGAAGAUUUAGCAUUCUCGGUCGCCAAGUUUAUUCAAAAGGGAGGAUCCUACAUCAACUAUUACAUGUUCCACGGAGGAACGAACUUUGGCAGGACUGCAGGUGGUCCGUUUAUUGCAACAAGUUAUGACUAUGAUGCACCUCUUGAUGAAUACGGAUUACUCCGGCAGCCAAAAUGGGGUCAUUUGAAAGAUUUGCAUAGAGCAAUCAAGCUAUGCGAGCCGGCUCUCGUGUCUGGAGAUUCUUCCGUUAUGCCCCUUGGAAACUACCAAGAGGCUCGUGUUUUCAAAUCAAGGGAUGGAUCUUGUGCUGCUUUUCUCGCAAAUUACAAUCAGCAUUCGUUUGCAAAGGUGCCGUUUGGGAAUAUGCAUUAUAACUUGCCUCCGUGGUCCAUCAGCAUCCUUCCCGACUGCAAGAACACCGUCUACAACACAGCUAGGGUAAGAAAAGAUUUUCUUUUGUUUUGUAAUGGAUUCUUGACUUAUCAUUCGACUUUCCUUAUGAAGAUUGGCGCUCAAAGUGCGCAAAUGAAGAUGACAACUGUCGGGAGUGACUUCUCUUGGCAGUCGUACAAUGAAGAGACAGCAGCAAACGAUGAUCAUGCAUUUAUGACAGUUGGAUUGGUCGAGCAGAUUAAUAUCACCCGAGAUCGUACCGACUAUUUGUGGUACACAACAGACGUUGAGAUCGAUCCUAGUGAAGGAUUUAUGAGAGGCGGGAGCUGGCCCGUUCUUACAGUGUUGUCCGCAGGACAUGCCUUACAUGUAUUCAUCAACGGGCAACUCUCUGGAACUGCAUACGGAAGUUUAGAAAAUCCUCGGCUUACAUUCAGUGAAGGUGUUUAUCUAAAGGCUGGUGUGAACCAUAUUGCACUUCUCAGCAUCGCCGUUGGCCUCCCGAACGUCGGUCCGCAUUUUGAAACAUGGAAUGCUGGUAUUCUUGGCCCCGUUUCGCUCGGUGGCCUCAACGAGGGGAGACGGGACUUGACAUGGCAAAAAUGGUAUUACAAGGUUGGUCUUAAAGGUGAGUCGCUGAGCCUUCAUUCGCUGAGCGGAAGUUCUUCCGUAGAAUGGGUUGAAGGAUUGGACGUAAGCGAAAGGCAACCGUUGACAUGGUACAAGACGACGUUCAAUGCUCCGGACGGAGACGAGCCUUUGGCCCUUGACAUGAACACGAUGAGCAAAGGCCAGAUAUGGAUCAACGGGCACAGCGUCGGACGGUAUUGGAAUCAGUACAAAGCAUCCGGCGGCUGCGGCGCGUGCGACUACGCCGGGUGGUUCAACGAGAAAAAAUGCCUAAGAAAUUGCGGCAAAGCCUCGCAAAGAUGGUACCAUGUUCCUCGCUCGUGGCUUUACCCGACCGGGAAUCUGCUCGUCAUUUUCGAAGAAUGGGGAGGGAGUCCGUCCGGGAUCUCCCUGGCGAAAAGAGAAGUCGACACCGUGUGCGCCGAUAUUUUCGAGUGGCAGCCGACGUUAGUGAAUUGGGAGAUGCAAUCGUCCGGGAAAGUGAACAAACCGUUGCGCCCUAAGGCCCACCUCUCGUGCGGCUCGGGUCAGAAAAUCUCGUCAAUCAAAUUCGCGAGCUUUGGAACUCCGGGGGGCGUCUGUGGCAGCUUCAGCCAGGGCGGGUGCCACGCUUUCCAUUCUUACGACGUUUUUCAAAGGUAUUGCGUGGGGCAACAGUCUUGCGCGGUGCCUAUUACGCCGGAGAUCUUUGGGGGCGAUCCGUGUCCGAAUGUCAUGAAGAAACUAUCGGUGGAAGCCGUCUGUAGUAAAUAAAGAUGUCCAUUUUCGAUUCUGUGUUUUGGAAGGUUCCGCUGCCAGUGAAGUUGCGCUGACAACACGCCGGCCAGUCGGAUGCCGAUUCUUACAACAUAUAUAUAUAUAGAGAGAGAUUUUGUCGUCGACUCGACCUCGAGUCGCGAUAAAUAAGUUGGUGUAACGAGUCGUCACGAAUUAGGAUUUAGAAGAAGAAGAUGAUGAUGAUGAAGCAAUCAGCUCAAUUGUAUCAUUCAUUCUGUAAUCGGAAUCUAUGAAGUUAUAUAUAAUAUAUAUAUAUAU